AUGUCGUCCUGGCUUGGGGGCCUGGGCGCCGGCUUGGGCCAGUCUCUGGGUCGAGUGGGGGGUAGCCUGGCUUCCCUCACUGGCCAGAUUUCAAAUUUGACAAAGAAGAUGCUGAUGGAGGGAGCUGAGGAAGUGGAAGAAUUACCUCAUUAUAGGAGAACGGAAAUGGAAGCCAUUCAUGCAGUCUUAAAAUCAGAGGAACUUAAACAGAACCGAAGUCAGGAAAUUGAUGACCAUCAACAUGACAUGUCAGUAUUGCAAAACGUACAUCAACAGAAAUUGACACAAAUGCAUCGUCGGUAUCGAGAGGAAUUAAGCUACUAUGAAGAACGAAUUGAAGAACUCAAAAACCUGUUACAAGAAGGUGGCUCAGGAGUCACAGGAACUGAUCACUCUAAAAUCUAUGAGAUGCGAAAAACUAUUCAAGUUCUACAAACUGAAAAAAUGGAAUCUACAAAAAAAAUUGAAGAACUUGAGGAUAAAAUAAAAGACAUAAGUGAAAAAUUAUCUUCUGCAGAAAAUGACAGAGAUGUUUUAAGGAGAGAACAAGAACAACUAAACGUGGAAAAGAGACAAAUAAUUGAAGAAUGUGAAAGCUUGAAACUGGAUUGCAGUACGUUGCAAUCUUAUGCUAUGAAGCAAAGUGAUUGUGUGACAGAAAAGGAAAGACUUCUUCCACAGGGUACAUCAGUGGAAGAAGUCACACUACAAGAAGAAGUCACACUACAAAAAGCACUGCCUGAUGCUGAAAAUGAAAUGAGACUGAAUAGUUUAAACCAGAAUAACGAUCUCACUGAAGACAAUGUGAACCUUCAAAUGCUUGUCCAAGUUUUUGAAAAAGAGAAUUCAUUAUUGAGCCAAGAAAAGGAAGAACAUCAGAUAUCACUUUUAAAACUGAGCAAUGACUAUGAAGUAAUGAAAAGUACAGCCGCAAGAGCUAUGAGUUUGGAUUCAGAAUUCCAUGAUUUAAGACUUAGUUUGGAGGCAAAGGAACAAGAACUCAAUCAGAGAAUUAAUGAAAAGGAAAUAUUGCUAUCCAAGUUAGGAGAAUUGGACAAACAGAACCAAGAAGCUACAAAGCACAUUUGUUUGAUAACAGAUCAGCUAUCAAAACAACAAAAUGAAGGACGUAGCAUUAUCAGUAAACUGAAACAAGGUCUACACGAUGAAAAAAAGAUAGUUCAUCAACUUGAGGAUGAUAAAAUGAACCUUACUAAAGAGUUAGACAUAAAGAAAGAACAGUUAAUUCAAAGUGAACUGGUCCUGAAUGAUUUGCAUUUAAUCAAGGAGGAGCUUGAGGAUAAAGCAGAAGAUUUAGUAGAUCAGCUAAGUAAAUCACAAAAAAAUAAUUCAAACAUCCAGAAGGAGAACCUUGAACUUAAGGAACAUAUUACACAAAAUGAGGAAGAGUUUUCUAGAGUCUGGAAGGAGUUAACUCAGUCUCUCAAUCAAGACUCUAAUAGUACUUUUAAGGAUAACUUACUUAAAGAAAGGGACGCUGAAGUUAGAAACUUAAACCAAAAUCUUUCAGAAAUAGAAGAGCUCAAUGAAAAUUUAAAGAAAGUUGCUUUUGAUCUGAAAAUGGAAAAUGAAAAGUUGGUUUUCACAUGUGAAGAUGUAAGGCAUCAGUUGGAAGAGUCUGUAGCUCGGAACAGUCAGAUUUCUCUGGAAAAAAACACUAUUGUGGAGACCCUAGAAGUGGGAAAAGGACAGCUAGAAGCAGAAUUGUGUCAGGCUAAAGAGAGGCUGUUGGAAGAAGCAAGCAAGUAUGAGCAAAACAUUGAAGAACUAUCAAAUGCACAUAACUCGAGCACCUCUGCCUUACAGCUGGAACAUGAGAGUCUAAUUCAACUCAGUCAAGAGAAAGACUUCGAAAUAAUAGAACUCAAUAAGAAUAUUGAGCAAAUGGAUACCGAUCAUAAAAAAACUAAGGAAAUUUUGUCAUCUAGUGAAGAAGAGCAGAAGCAAUUGACAGAAGUUAUAAAGGAAAAAGAACUUUUUAUUGAAAAACUUAAAGAAAAGUGUUCAGAGCUGCAGGAGGAAUUAGAUAAAUAUUCUCAGGCCUUAAUGCCAAAUGAAAUUUUAAGGCAGACCAUAUUGGAAAAGGACAGAAGUCUUGGAGCCAUGAAAGAAGAAAACAGUCAUCUGCAAGAAGAACUGGAACAGCUCAGGGAAAAGCAGAGUCAAGCUGCACCUGUGGCUGAGCCCAAACCACUUGUUAGUAUUACAGACCUAGAAUUGGAGGUAUCUGAACUGAAUAUAAUCAAGGAUCAUCUUGAAGAGAAAAUUAAACAUCAACAGAAGAUAACUGAAGAUCAAAACCAGAGUAAGACACAACUACUUCAAUCUUUACAGGAGCAGAAGAAGGAAAUGGAUGAGUUUAGAUACCAGCAUGAGCAAAUGAAUGUCACACACACCCAGCCCUUUUUAGAGAAAGAUGAGGAACUUAAUAAUGUGCAAAAAGCAGUUGAACAAAUCAAAACCCAGUUGCAUGAAGAAAGACAGGACAUUCAAAUGGAGAAUCCUGAUAUUUUACAAGAAACAAGAGUUCUGAGCCUUAAUAUAGAAAAUGGAAGUGAAAAGCAUGAUUCAUCUAAAGCUGAAACUGAAAGAUUAGUGAAAGAAAUAAAAGAACGAGAACUAGAGAUUAAACUUCUAAAUGAAAAGAAUAUAUCUCUAACUAAACAGAUCGAUCAGUUGUCCAAAGAUGAGGUUGGUAAAGUAACUCAGAUUAUCCAACAGAAAGAUUUCUCAAGUUAUUUCUUUCCAAAGGGCAAGAGUGGGGAGUUAAAUCAGCUUUUAAAUGCAGUUAAGUCAAUGCAGGAGAAGACAGUUACAUUUCAACAGGAGAGAGACCAAGUCACAUUGUCCCUGAAUGAGAAAAAAAUGGAAAACAGUACCCUAAAGAAUGAGGUUCAACAUUUACAUAACAAAGAAUUAUGGUUAAACCAGGAGCUAGAGAGGUUGCAUAAUCAUCUUUUACAAUCAGAAGAUUCUUAUACCCGUGAGGCUUUGGCUGCUGAAGAUAGAGAGGCUAAACUAAAAAAGAAAGUCACAGAAUUGGAGGAAAAGCUAGUUUCAUCCACUAAUGCAAUGGAAAAUGCAAGCCAUCAAGUCUGUGUGCAGGUACAGUCAUUACAGGAGCAAUUGAAUGUAGUCUCCAAGCAAAGGGAUAAAACUGCACUGCAGCUUUCGGUCUCCCAGGAACAAGUAAAGCAGUAUACUCUAUCACUAGCCAACCUGCAGAUGGUACUAGAGGAUUUCCAAGAAGAGGAGAAAGCUAUGUAUUCUGCUGAACUAGAAAAGCAAAAACAGCUUAUGGCUGAGUGGAAGGAAAAGGCAGAAAAUCUGGAAGGAAAAAUGGUGUCAUUACAGGAACAUUUGGAUGAAACAAAUGCUGUGUUGGAUUCAGCGUCAAGACUUACAGAACAGUUAGACCUAAAAGAAGAACAAAUUGAAGAACUUAAAAAACAGAAUGAACUCCGACAAGCAAUGCUGGAUGAUGUAGAGAACAAAUUGGUGAACUUAGUAAACAGUGCAGAAGGAAAAGUGGACAGAGUCCUAAUGAGAAACCUCUUUGUUGGACAUUUCCACGCACCAAAAAAUCAGCGUCAUGAAGUGUUAAGAUUGAUGGGAAGCAUCCUGGGUAUUGAAAGGGAGGAAAUGGAGCAGUUGUUUCAUGAAGAUCAGGGUGGUGUGACCAGGUAGAUGACUGGGUGGCUUGGAGGAGGAUCAAAAAGUGUCCCCGACACACCUUUGAGACCAAAUCAGCAAUCUGUGCUUAAUAGUUCUUUUUCAGAACUUUUUGUUAAAUUUCUGGAAACAGAGUCUCAUCCAUCUGUUCUACCACCAAAGCUUUCUGGUCAUGAUAUAAAACCUCUAGAUUCACCAGGAAAGAGAAAACUAGAUACAAAUGUACCAGAAAGUUUUAGAGAUACAACAGAAUCCAGGUCUGGUAGAAGAACAGACAUGAAUCCAUUCUUGGCUUCCCGCUCUGCAGCUGUGCCUCUUAUUAACCCAGCUGGACUUGGACCUGGUGGGCCCGGGCAUCUUCUUUUGAAACCCAUCUCAGAUGUUUUUCCCACAUUUACACUUUUGCCAGUGUCACCUGACAACAGCGCUGGAGUUGCAUUGAAAAGCUUUUUAAAGCAAUAG